AUGGAUCCUUUUCGGUAUCGUAAGGCAUAUGAGGCUAUGCUUCAUACGACACAGUUGAUCGAAGAACGCCUCAAUCAAGAUGGUGCUGUCGAUCCCCAAGAAGAUGCACAGGAAGAACCGCCAAAGCCUGCCUUCCAGGAGCCAGAUGAAGACAGCAUGGAUUGGACGCCGACUGAGGCUACCACUCCUCCCCCACACUGUGGACCACCGCCUACUUUAUCGGAAAACAUGCGACACCUCCUGACUGGUGAUGCCGCUGCUGACUUUGCCGCCGAAGAGCGCGGCGAUAAUACGGUGCUACUUCACAAGCUCAAGGAAGGAACCAUCAUGGACGAAUGCAUUGACAAACUGGUGCGAGAACUGCCCGACGUGUUGAACUACGAUAAAUCACUUGCCUUUACACCAUCAACGAUUGAGGUACCGAAAGACUUUGGUUUGCAAUUGAGCAUAUCUAUCAACCAUCAUCUUGCACAGGUUGCGGAUCGCAAAGCUCUGGAGAAGUAUCGAAGGUUACUCGGCCACCGCAAGGAUACAGCAAAACGGAAAGCUGUGAAGCUAGGCUUUGAUCCUGUUGAACUGAUCAAGAAGCAAGCUGUAGCAUUUGCCGACGAUGCGCAUAACUCAUCAAGUACGCUUGACAAUGACAUCCAUCCCAUCUUCCGCCUGGAGAAUUGGCAUGGCUGUUCAGACGCCAUCUACGAUGUCUUGAAGCCCGGCUUGCGGUUGGCUACCUUGCUACUGACCUCACGAGCAACCGCCCACUUCUGGCAUACGUUGGUGUUUGGUAAACGGGAGCCUUGCGAGAAAACUUCGGCGGCUUACGGCCAACCUUGUUUCCGCAUCAGAGAGGACGUUGCGUGGUCUGAAGAAUUGCACGCUACCUUUAGGAGUUUUCUGGACAACCAGAUGGACACUGUACAUUUCUACUUCCAUCACGACCCAUUACCACCAGAGACGGCGUACGCUUCCAUGGGUCUGGUAAAAGAUUACAAGAAUGGUCUGAUGCGCAAGAUGAACGACAAAUGCCACACAAGCCGGAUCUGCUUACAUUCCGACUUCUAUACGACUGCCAAGAAGUUGAGUCUGCUCCGCUAUCGCGAACCAGCCAUGGUGUUGCGAUACAAUAUGUUUCUGGCUACCUGUCUUGCGCAUGAGAUAGCUCACUUUUGUGAAGUAUCGGGACCCCAUCACGAUCAUCCGUUAUUGUCUGAGCCAGAAGUAUUCUUUGGAGACAACAUGUGGACGGAAAGUGGCAUCGCAUUCGAGAUCAAGGUUUUUGGUGGUCGUAUACAUCCACUGUCGAGCCGAAUCGAUUGCAAGUUUGGACUUGCCUGCCUGGAUUAUCCGCUCAAAGAGCUCUACGACAAGGAUGAGAAUGUGCUCUACGCUUUGCCCAUGGACUAUAUCCUCAAACUACAGCUAAAGGAGACAUGGGAGCAGGAUUUCAGCACGGCUGGGACAGACGUGUUCUUUGUACCACGGACUGGUGGCCGGUCCAUUGAGAUCAACGGGACCAACUUGAUGAUCUGGGAAGACGAAAGCGAUGCGGAUAUCUCAGACCACAUUGACAACCAGGAAACCGAGUGGAAGCGCAUGGACGACGGCUCUAUUUCCAAGAACCCCAAAGCCAACAACCGAAAGCCGCAGAAGCAGGCCUUGGUAGCGCGAUGGGCGCCGUAUGGGCCAAAGAAGAGCAAGACGGUGGACGAGGGGGCGUGUGUGUCUAAGGCAGUCGUCGAGGUUGAGAUUGCUAGUGGCGAGGAGCAGGGGGCGGGGGCGGGGACGGGGGCCAAGUUGCAGGUUCCGGAAGAUGGUGAUGCUGGCAAGGCUGGGUCUGAUCAGGACAUGGCAUAG